AUGGCAGCAAGCGGGCACAUUCGUGCACACCUGGGUGCAAGUCUGAGUCGUCGCUCCGCACCGGUGCGGCAGCAGCCAGUGACGGGAGCGUCACCACGCCGAGUGUAUCCGACCGAUUUCGGCGCCGACCCGACGGGGAAGACAGACUCGACUGACGCGAUGAAAAAGGCGAUGGCCGCCUUGCUGGAUCCGAGUAAGGCCUCGAAUCGUUCCAUGGCAGCUGGAAUCAAGGACUUCGGCACGGCGACGUUGGAUUUGGCUGGCGGCGAGUACCUCAUUUCGGAGCCGCUUGUCUUCCCGACGUAUGUGGGAAAUGUCCAGGUGGUCGCUGGGACUUUGCGAGCAUCAAGCAGCUUCCCGACGGACGCGUGGCUCGUGAUGGUAGGUUCGCCAGCAUGCACACCACAGCAGCAGGGCUGCUGCAAUGAGUUCAUCAACUUUGCUGAGAUGCUGUUCGACUCUUCUCACAGAGCUGCUGGGGGUGUGUAUGUAGCCCACACCAUGGGAACGACCAUUGGGCCUUCGGUGUUCUUUCACGGUUACCGCAAGGCGGGCAUUGACAUCGAAGGUGGGCACGAAGUUAUGGUUCAGCAAGCAUGGCUGUCAGAGUUCUACUGGGACGAGAAACAUGACCAGACGGAGUCAAUUGGGAUCCUCAUCAAUGGCAACGAUCACUACCUCACGGACACCAUUUUGUUCGACUACUCGAAGGUCGGAGUCGAGGUGAAUCAUGCUGCCAACAUAUUGGAUGGAGUCCACACAUGGAACGGCGGAGGCGUUGGCAUUGCAAUUCACUCCCCACAAAAUCGACUGCUUGGGUGUUAUCUUGAUUUCAACACGCUUUUGAUCACCCACCCCGUGAACGUGUUCGUGGAGGGUGGCUUCUUCCUGGAUACCAACGCAGUGCUGCAAUCUACUGAGGACUCAAAGCUCAUUGACGGGCUGGUUUUCCGUGACAACGACUUCCGGAACAUCAACGUGCCGUCCAUCGAGAUAAAUGGCAGUUUCUCCGCCGGCGGCUGCUUUGACAUCCAGGAUGAGCGGUCGGUGACGGCGCCCACUGUUCGGACGUCCCGUGCCCGCCAGUCGAUGAGACUGGAGAAGGCCACAGUGUUCUCCUUCGACUUCGAUGAGUUGUUGCUGCCGGUCAUUGAGGAGGUGAUGUACUCGGUCACCAUCGAAGGCACUGGCUUUCCACGCCACGCUGCUCGUGCUCCAAAUGGCACAAAGGUCACCAUUGAGCUCGAUGAGCCGAUCACAGGUGCUGUGACGGUUGAGGUGGUGCAAGGCUUGCAAGGCUGCCGGAAGUCAAACGGCAGAGCCGCAACCUUGUUCAGCGUGUAA